AUGGACAACAUUAGUAACAAUUAUCAUUCUAUGGAUGAUAGUUCUGACAGUGAACUUAGUGGUACUGAUUUUGAAGGUUCAGGAGAAAUUGAAAACCAUAAUAAUCCAUUAGAGUUGAAAGUUAAACUUAUCUUUGGAAGUUUCAAGAAAUUUAAAGCCUGGAUUGAAUGUUUUGCUAAAAAGGAAGGGUUUAUGGCAAAAUAUUUGUUGGAAACACUUUAUCCUAAUAAAAAGGCAUGGGGUAUACCUUGGAUACAUAAUGUAUUCACAGCUGGUGUUCAGAGCACCCAAAGGAUUGAAUUGAUCAACAAACAAAUACAUGACAAAGUUGACCAAGUUACCUCUCUCUGUGAUUUACUUGUCAACAUUAAUGAUUAUAUUAAAAGUGAGAAGCAAUUUAAAAAAUUUGAAAUCGAACAUAAUGCACUACCAACUAUUGGGUUACUAAUAUUAAAUACUAGGCUUUUUAAAGAACAACUACAGAUGAAUCAAUCUGUAUGUUUUGAUGUUAAUCAAAUCCAAGAUUGGCAGCAAUUAGUGAAGAAUGAUAAUGAAGAGAUUAAUGAUAGAUUUCGAGAACAUAAUGAGGAUAUUCAGCAAGCUUUUUUCAAGUUGUUGAUCAAAAAUAUUGUACAUGAAGAUGUUUUGGAA